AUGGUCCUUUUGGUGGCAAUAUCAGAAGUGCUGUUGGUUCUGAUUUUGGUGGUAGAAUCAGACUCUCUCUGCACACCCACUAUGUUUUACAAGAACUGCUGGAUUCGACACUUCCCAGGUCUCUUGAUUGACCUGCAGGAAUCACAGAAGAGGGGAGCCCAGGUGCUGAAGAUUUAUGCAGAAGUCUCAUCCCAACAGUGUAGCAGAAACUGCUGUCUUCAGAGGAAUGUUUCCUGCAACCUAGCAGUGUUCUAUCAUGGAGCUACUCAUGAGAAUAUGAAUUGCUUGCACAUGUCUUGCCCAUCACUGGAAAGUUGUAUAAUAAAGGCUAGAAUCAACGUUGUUUUGUACAACAUCACAACAGGGAUUGAUCCAGAUCUUCUUAUUUUUGAAAAAGCAACACCCAAAGAGCCAAAUAUGCACUCCUCACCUAAUAAAUAUGAAAGACAAAACAGCACAAAGACCAUCGAGUGGGAAAGAUGCCAGCAUGGUAAUGUCAUGUCAAGUUCUCUUCUGCUCCUAGCUCCAUCUUCUACCACUGGCCACGGUUUGACAGCAAACACUUACACCUCCAGUACAAACCUGAUGGUUGAAAGAAAUAAAGUUAUCACAUAUUCCAGGGCAGAAACUUCUCCUCUUGAUGACCAUUUGGCUAAGAGGACUCAUACAACUUCAGUAAGCACUAGGUCAGCCACUAGCUCAGACAAAAGAACUGUACGCUCAACUUUGAUAUCUAAAUCUGCAGAGGUGUUAUCCCACAUGCCUACUCCUCCUCAUCUGAACAGCAGUAAGCAACACCUAAAUGAAACCAAAGGCUACAGUGGUAGGAAUUAUACUUCAGACAACGAGGUACCUGAUUGGGAUGCUGCAGCUCUGGGUGUCUGGUUGAUUCCAGUUGUUCUUUGCUCUUCUCCCAUCUUCCUUUGCUGUUGUACAGUUGCUCUUGCAGCAGGGUGUUGCAGAAAUAGGACAGGUCAGUACAAUCCCAUAAGGAGAAGAAGACCAAUGUCUAGACGAGUCAUAAAAUACACUAGUGUCAAAGGUAGUUUGUAA